AUGAAGAUUCAGGACCUAUUGCGAAUAAAACAGAUUAAAUUAGAGCUUAUUAAAGUCAAAAACCAUGACAACAAUCGCUGGAAUAACAGGGCAGAUGUUCUCGUGAAGAAGGGAGCCAGACAGAGUACGAUGGUAGAUAUCAUACCAGAAACAAAUGACUGGUUAACUUGCAACCUGAGUUGGAAAAACUACGUAGUGAAAAUGAGAAUAAGAUCUUUUAUUAAAAGAAUACAAAAUACCCAACUCGGUGCGGAAUGGAAGGCCUCAGGUACUUACAAAAGUCUAAAGCGAGAAGAAGAUAGUAAGGAGCUAUUUCAUUGGCAAUUAUUUUGGUCGCACCUGAAAGAACUAUCAGGAGUAAAAUGUAACUCAAUAGCAAGGGGUAAACGUUUAGCAUUUUGGCUGAAGGUUCUGUGUGAUGAGCUACCAUUAUUGCAGGAGUUAGAUAGACGAAGACCAGAAAUUUACAAGGAUAUCAGCU